GCGGCUGGAAGGUAUCAUUCAGUGCAGUGCAGCAGCAUUCGAAGCAGCUUCUAGUGAUCCACUCUCCAAACCCUCCAACAACAAACCAAUCAACAUGAAGACCUUUGUCGCUAUCGCCGUUAUCGCUCUGGCCGCUGGAGCUUGGUCCCUGACCAUCGAGCAGCAGAAGAAGGCCGAGGCGUACGGUGCCGAGUGCGUCAAGAGCACCGGCGUGGCCCCCGAGUCGGCCGUCAAGCUGCGCAAGGGUGACUUCUCCGGCACGGACGACAAGACCAAGUGCUUCGCCAAGUGUGUCCUGGAGAAGGCCGGCUUCAUGAACGCCGCCGGGGACGUCCAAGAAAAGACCGUCGUCGAGAAGCUGUCGAUCGACCACGACAAGAGCAAGGUCGAGGCCACCCUGAAGAAGUGCAACCAGAAGGGCGCCAACCCGUGCGACACCGCCUUCAAGGUGUACGAGUGCUUCUACAACACCAAGGCCGGACUUGUCUAAGAAGAAUGAUGAUCGGACGAACUAGCAGUGCUGUGAUGGUUUGAAAACGGAGAGUGCUUUUAAGUGUGUUCCCAUUUGGGGGCAUUACUGUUAAAAUUGUUGUUGAUUUAAUAUUUAUUUAUUAAAAUCAAGUUUAGAUCCUA